AUGGGACAGUAUCCAAUGUCCAGGUUUGGAGUCUGGAUCUCGCACUGUUUGUUUAAGAUGCAGUUCAUGCUCCUGUUCAGUCGACAGGGAAAGCUCCGUCUGCAGAAAUGGUACGUUCCGCUGUCAGACAAAGAGAAGAAGAAGAUCACGCGAGAGCUGGUGCAGACCGUCCUGGCCCGCAAACCCAAAAUGUGCAGCUUCUUAGAGUGGAGAGAUUUAAAGGUUGUGUAUAAGAGAUAUGCCAGUCUGUACUUCUGUUGCGCCGUUGAAGGCCAUGACAACGAGCUGAUCACUCUGGAGAUCAUCCACAGAUACGUGGAGCUGCUGGACAAGUACUUUGGCAGUGUGUGUGAGCUGGACAUUAUCUUUAACUUUGAGAAGGCCUACUUUAUCCUUGAUGAGUUCCUUCUCGGUGGAGAAGCUCAGGAGACAUCAAAGAAGAACGUUCUGAAGGCCAUUGAACAGGCCGACCUGCUGCAGGAGAAUAUUGACUUUCAGAUGCGCCUUUUUGGAGGUGUGAUGGUUCCUGGUUUGGCCUCUGAAGCGUCUGGUUUGUUCCAGAGUUAG